AUGACGAGUAGGAUGGGAUUCUUGAAGGUGAAACUUAACAUUGUCUUUAGUGUUAUUGCAGAAACAUUGAGAGCUAGAAGCACUUUGGAUGUAGAUAACCAUAAUAUGUUCCUUCGUAUUUAUAAGUUAAUAGAUACUCAUGAAGAGAUCUCAAUUAGUCAUACUUUCAGGGAAACUAAUCAAUGUGCUGAUGUGCUUGCUAAUAUUAAAGUUGAUAUAGUGGAGGAUAUUGUGUUUGGUGAAAAUUUUCCCACAUGCAUUACUCAAUUGGUGGAUGGAGAUUUAUCAGAUGUUUUUUUCUCUAUGUUUGUAAUUGUAUAG